GAAGUAGGAGGAGCAGCAGAGGGAACUCAGGGCCACACUUGACAACGUGACAGAGAAGAAGAGACCUAGGUGGACAAGAGUGUGUUUGGGUGUGGGGGCAACGGGAGACCUAGCGAAGAUGAGAAUUUCCAAAGUUUGUGCCCUGCUUCUACUGGCCAUAUCUGUGGUCUGUAUGAUGUCAGCAGAAGCAAACAGCCACAGACGGCACAAGCGAGAAUGGAUCAUAGCACCCACAAAACUGGAGGAGAAUGUUGACUACACGAAACGAGAGUACAUUGCCAAGAUUCGCUCAGACCUUGAUGAGGAGAAAAGAGUGAAAUACAGCCUGAAUGGACCAGGAGCCAGUGGGCCUCCUGUCAAUCGCUUUAUCAUUGACCCUGACACUGGCUUUGUCAAAGUCACUGAAAUUUUGGACAGAGAGGAAAUCCAUCAGUAUAAUCUUACUGGAAUUGCCACGUUCCUUGGCGGCACUGAGGCAGAGGAAGCUAUUGAGCUUACUGUCAUUGUCGUUGACCAAAAUGACAACCCUCCAAAGUUCGAAAUCCAGAGCGGCACUGUCAGAGAAUGCAGCACAGUCGGAACUGUUAUAAUGAACGUGACCGCCCACGACGAAGACCAGAAAGGGACAGUUAAUUCAAAAAUCGCCUACAGCAUCAUCAAGCAAGAGCCUCCAGGUUCUGGAAUGCUGUUCUCCAUCAACAGGGACACAGGACAACUGUUUGUGAAAGAGCCAACUCUGGACCGGGAGACCCACGAUUACUAUGAACUGACUGUCCAAGGAGUGGAUAUGGAUGGGGCUCUGAAUGGAAACACUGCAACUGGUACAGUGAAGAUUACUCUACAAGAUAUCAACGACAACGUCCCUACUCUCGAGAAGGAGUACACUGGCAUUGUGGACGAAGGAGCUGUGGACGUGGUGGUGAUGAGAAUCAAAGCUUUCGAUAUGGAUUUAAAGGACAGUGAUAACUGGCUGGCUAUUUUCAAUAUUGUUUCUGGGAAUGAAGAAGAUCUCUUCACAAUCCACACAGAUCCAAAGACCAAUGAAGGUAUCCUGAAGCUGGUUAAGCCUGUGGACUAUGAGAAGAUCAAAAAGCUGAACCUUGAGUUGGAGCUGAAGAAUGUCGCUCCAUUCGUCAAUGGCACAGCCUUGGCUCUUGGAUUGGGAUUUGAGUGGCCAGAUCAGGACUUAGAGGCAGAACCUGGCCCUGGUGCUGCAGUUCCUAUUGCCAUUGAUGUUGGUGGAGGUGGUGGUGGUGGUGGCGGUGGCAAUCCAAACGUUGAUAUCUCCCCUGAUGGUAAACCUGUUAAGCCAGGUACCAAACCAGGAGGGCAGCCAGGUACCAAACCUGGAGGGAAACCAGGUACCAAACCUGGAGGGAAGCCAGGGCCCAAGCCAUCCAAACCAGGGAAAAAGCCACCUAAAAGUUAUCCUAUUUCAAUUGCGGUCAAAAACAUGCCUGAUGGACCUAGUUUUGAACCGGGGGUAAAAGACGUGCCACUGUCAGAAAACCCAGAAGAGAUUGAACUUCACUCAGUCAUAGCUGUUUACCCAGCUGUGGAUGGGGAUACUGGAGAACACCUAGAUGAUGUCAAGUAUGCUGAAGGAUUUGACCCUGACAACUGGUUGACCAUUGAUGAAGACACCGCAGAGAUCAGACUGAACAAGAUGCCAGAUCGAGAAUCUCCAUUCCUAAAGAAUGGCACAUACUAUGCUGAGGUCCUCUGUCUAUCCCAAGAUGGAUCAGGAAGAACCGCCACUGGAACCAUUGCCAUUAAUGUACAGGAUUCAAAUGACAACUGCCCGAAACUGACGAGCACAUACCAGAAUAUCUGCACAGAUUCUAAAGUUGUGUACAUGUCUGCCAUUGAUGAAGAUUUCAGCCCCAAUGGAGAACCACUUCACUUCUCCAUCAUUUCAGAGCAGACCACAGGACCAUGGGAGACGGAGAAGCUCAAUGGCACAGCAGUGGCCCUGCAUCCAGUGGAGCCCUUGUGGCCAGGAGUCUACACAAUCACGGUGGAGGUAACCGAUGCUCAGGGUCUGUCCUGCCCAGACAAGCAGACGCUGGAGCUGGAGGUCUGCACUUGCACAGAUGGAUAUGGCUGCAGUCUCAGAGGAUAUAGGGGUGCAGAUGGCUCCUCCCCCAGUUCUGUCAGUUUUGGAGCACCAGCUAUUGGUGUUGUGUUGGCAGGACUGGCCGUCUUAUUGGUGGUCCCCCUACUGCUGCUGUUCUGCCAGUGUGGAUCUGUAGCCGGCAUGGCUGACCUUUUCAUGGACUUGCCUUUUGAUGUUAAAGAGUACCUGAUGCCAUAUCACACUGAGGGCAAGGGUGAAGACAAGGGGGUCCCUACCUACCUGCUGCCAGUUACUAUAAAAGAGGCAGCACCUGUGGCCCUCAAUUCUGCAGUGGAGCAGCAAACCACUCAAAUGUCCAGCAGCACCUACAGCCAGAUGAUGCAGAUGAGCCAGUUUGAGCCAAGUAACACGCUCAGUGCUCAUCAGAGAAGCUCAACGUACCGCGCCGUCACCCGGCAGGAAAGCAGGCAGGCAGGCUUGGCAGACCUCUAUGAAGAUAUUGCUCUACCUGAUGAUUUACUGAUGAAGUACUUCGCCCAGAAGUCAGCAUGCAUAGCUGUGCAGGUUCCUCAGAAGGACACGUUGCUGGAUUAUGGCUACGAAGGGCAGGGAUCACCUGCUGGCUCUGUGGGCUGCUGCAGCCUCCUGGGGUCUGAUGAUGACCUUCAGUUCCUGGAUGACCUGGGGUCAGAGUUCUCCACCCUGGCCCAGAUCUGCAAGCCACUAAAACUGAUUCUGGAACAAAGUGAGACGUCGCUGCAAGCAAAAACAGAGCGAGAAAGUUCUAUGUCUGUCAGCACUGUGAUGGUUUCCGAGGCUGUUCCUCCUCCUUCUCCUGUCCACACUGAAACCACAGAGAUCUGCAGGACCAUCAGCAACUCCUCUACUCUUCCCAGGAUUCAAUUGUGUGAAGCCGUUUCCGUGCCGACCCAGACUGUGCUGGUGCAGCAGCAGCAGCCCCUGUACUACAUGGUGGAGCCGCAGCAGGUCCAGAGCACAGUGCUGCUGGCUGAGAGGCCCCAAGUGGGUCUGGGUCAGGGAAUGAUCCUGGUCAACGGGAGUCAGACAGUCACAGAAGGGACGCUGCUGCAGGGGGGAGGCCUGGUGCAGGGAGCCCAGGGGCUGGUGAUGGCCCAGGGGGGUCAGGGAUUGGUGUUACAGCAGGGUGGGCACGUUCAGGGGGGUCAGGGAUUGGUGUUACAGCAGGGUGGGCACGUUCAGGGUGCUCAGGGUUUGGUGUUGCAGCAGGGUGGGCACGUUCAGAUUGGUCAGGGUUUGGUGUUACAGCAGGAUGGGCAUGUUCAGGGUGGUCAGGGUUUGGUGUUACAGCAGGGUGGGCAUGUUCAGGGUGGUCAAGGUUUGGUGUUACAGCAGGGUGGGCAUGUUCAGGGUGGUCAGGGUUUGGUGUUGCAGCAGGAAGGCCACGUUCAGGGGGCACGGGGGGUGAUCGUCCAGGGCUUCCAAAGAAAUUCAGAAAAUCCAGAAAUUCAAAAGUAG